ACGGCGGCGCGGCGGGGCAGCGGCUUCAAAACAAAGGGCAGGCGGCCCGGGGGCGGCGGCGGCGGCGGCGGACAUGUCUCGCGCGCAGCUGGAGAGGCAACGGCCGCAGCGCGUCCCGGGCCGCGCCGGGGCCGCCGGAGAGCCGCGCCCGCGCUGAGCGAGGCCGGGCCGAUGGGCGCUGCGGGCUGGGGCGCGGACCGGCGGGCGGCGGUUGUGGCGUUUUUCUCUCACCCCAGCUGUGUGGACAGAGCCACACGCCCUCUGAACAACAACGGCUCUUGCGUGCAUGUUCCAGUGUUUCUUCUGUCAGAGAGCCCAGCAGAGCUGCAGCUCCUCCCGUGCCAGCCCUGAGCUGAGCCAGGAGUGCCCAGCGGAGAUGGUGAAAAUGACAAGGUCCAAAACUUUCCAAGCGUAUCUGCCAAACUGCCACCGAACAUACAGUUGUGUCCACUGCAGGGCCCACCUGGCCAAUCACGAUGAGCUGAUCUCCAAGUCCUUUCAGGGAAGUCAGGGACGAGCCUACCUCUUCAACUCAGUGGUGAACGUGGGCUGCGGCCCUGCGGAGGAGCGGGUCCUUCUCACCGGCCUGCAUGCCGUGGCGGACAUCUACUGUGAGAACUGCAAGACCACACUUGGGUGGAAAUACGAACACGCCUUUGAGAGCAGUCAGAAAUACAAGGAAGGAAAAUUUAUCAUUGAGCUUGCUCACAUGAUCAAAGACAAUGGUUGGGAGUAAAGUGAAAACUUCCUGUUCUCUUUUGAAUACGAUUUUGUGAAAAAGACGGUAUAAGUAAUGGAAACAUAGGCACAUCUGAUGGCAGUGUUUCUUGAACUCGAGCCUCACAGGCGGCCUCUCCAGGCCAAUCCCCUGGGUAAGGCGUCCCUCUGAUCUGUGUCUUCUUCAAUAACACGGUUAUUUCUGAAAAGUUUCAAUGCCCUUUUUCUAAUUUCUCAAGGUGUAGAGAAAAGACCUAACCAACUGCUGACUUAUCCAUCCAGCUAACACCUUCUUUAACCAAUGCCUUUAAGAUAGUAUGGCUGUGCUCUUUCGUGUUUGAUAGAAAACCAGACCGAAGCCCCAAAGCCCACAGGGAGGUCUCUUCGGAGAGCCAGGUUCCCCUCUUGUUUGGAGAGAAGGUAUGGUAACUUCUCCCCGAUUCGCGGAACAACAACGUUGGUUAUUCUUCUUGCAGAUGAGCUGUGAGGGCAGUGCUUACUUAGGAAUCUCUCAGAAAUCUAUGAAUCUAUGCACCAAGGGUGUUUUUAGCCUUGUUCAAAAACAGAGGCCACCAGUAAUAACAUUUUAGAUAAGCUAUAGAGAAAUGCGUCUAAUGUAACAUGUUUAUUUAAGCCAGUAGCUUCCUUAUCUCACAGGCGAGUGAACGAGUCGUUAGCAGAGACGGUCUUGGGCCAGUGUGCAGGCCCAGGCCCAGGCCCAUGGGGGCUCCAGGUCAGGCACUGGGCGGCUGGUCCAUGGAGUUAAGAGUGGAACGCGCUGGACCAAGGGAAAUCAGGUUUCCUUUUCUACUCUGAUGUACUUGAAAAAAAAGAAUUAUUUUUUGCAUAUUUGAAAGAG